CGCGCACUGGCCUGGAGGCCGACUUGGAAGCCCAUCUGGAGGCCGACCUGGCCCGGCAGGCAUUGCGCGGGCAACAUGGCGGCGCCCGGCGAGCGGGGGAGUUUCGGCGGUGGGAACCUAUUCUCCUUUCUACCCGGCGGCGCGCGCUCCGAGGUGAUGGACGACCUGGUGACGGACGCGCGCGGCCGGGGCGCGGGGCGGAGAGAUUCCGCCUCUUCGGCCCGGACGCCAUCCCAGGCGCCGGCCUCCGAUUCUCAGGUCGCCGAGGACGCCUCCCGGAGGCUGCCCUGCCGGGCCUGCGUGGACUUCAAGUCGUGGAUGCGGACACAGCAGAAGCGGGACAGCAAGUUUAGGGAAGAUUGUCCUCCGGAUCGCGAGGAACUGGGCCGCCACAGCUGGUCUGUCCUCCAUACCCUGGCGGCCUACUAUCCCGACCUGCCCACCCCAGAACAGCAGCAAGAUAUGGCUCAGUUCAUACAUUUAUUUUCCAAGUUUUACCCGUGUGAGGAGUGUGCUGAAGACAUAAGGAAAAGGAUAUGCAGGAACCAGCCAGACACUCGCACUCGGGCCUGCUUCACCCAGUGGCUAUGCCGCCUGCACAACGAGGUGAACCACAAGCUAGGCAAGCCGGACUUCAACUGCUCGCUGGUGGACGAGCGUUGGCGCGACGGCUGGAAGGACGGCUCCUGUGACUAGAGGGCAGCCAGAGCCUGUGGGCGGCCUGGCCAGAGAGGGUGGGGCUUAUUAAAGUGCGUGUCAGAGCCAAAGCCUGCCUUGUCUCAGUUGGGUGGUCCCCAGACGCUACCCGUGGAGCCCUUUCCCUCUCAGGUUCUGAGUGUAAGUGGGGGUACCCGUUGCAGGCACCCCGAUGGCCUCCUCCUCAACCCGCGCCCCGUGGUGCUGCAGGUGAAGGAGGCAGGAGCAGCCUAGGCUGUCCCUUCCUUAGGAUUUGGCCUCCCGCCCACUUGACACCCUGCUGCCUACUUCCCCGCACAGGAAGGUGACAGGCCUUGCUGGGCUCCCCUGUCUCGCCCCUCCGGGCCAGGCCACUGUCUCCCCAUCUUGUAGCUAGGGACAGCUAGGGGUUACAACAGGGACGGUAGCCGCAGAGGCUGUGUGCCAUUUGCACUUCAGGAAAGAGGCCUGGGGGCUGAGCUCUGCUGUGCGCCUUCCGUCUGGCUCAUGGCCUCGCAGAGCCGUCCCAGGACUGUCAGAGGAGGCUCCGUGGAGCUUGAGACCAAAAAUAAAAUGCUGGAGAAGUGACUGAA